UGAGGGUUUAUUUAACGUAGCUGUUGUCUGGAAUCAAUGUUUUCACAACCAGUUUAGUUCAGUUCAGGUAUUCCCGACUACCGCUAAGCCAAAUUUAAUAUUCAUGUACCAGUCUAGUAUAUAGAAAAUUCCAUAGUACGGGUUUUAAUGUCAGUUUUUGUUACUAAAUUAAUAAACAUACGCGAUGAUGUUUACAGGGAACAACAGGAGCAGAAUGUAACAAUGAGACCUUCUUACGAUGGCAGUCAGAGAAUGGGUCGACCUCGUUUCCAUAUUCCCAAGGAACAGCUGGAGCUCCUACUUGAACUCAGAUUUACUGAUGCUGAUAUUGCUAAUAUGAUUGGUGUUAGCAUUUCAGUCAUCAAACGUCGUUUAAGAGAAUAUGGUCUGGGUCGUCAAAAUCAGUAUACCACUUUAUCCAACGAGGACUUGGACACGCAUGUUCUCAGAUUGACACAUGGCAAUCCACUUCUGGGCCAACGGAAUGUGAAGGGAUUGCUUUCAUCUGAAGGACUGGUGGUGCAGCGCAGCAGAGUUGCAGAAUCCCUAACAAGGGUUGAUGGAGCAGCUGUGGCCAUGAGGUGGAGUAGAACGAUUCAGCGACGAUCAUACAGUGUGCCUGGGCCAAAUGCAUUGUGGCACAUUGAUGGCAACCACAAAUUUAUAAGGUGGGGCAUGGUCAUACAUGGUGGCAUAGAUGGAUUUAGCCGGUUGGUAGUGUUCCUAAGAAUGUCCACCAACAAUCGGGCAGAGACUGUCAUGGACUGCUUUACUGAGGCAACUGCAAAUUAUGGAAUACAUUCUCGUGUCAGAUGUGACCAUGGUGGAGAAAACAAGGAUGUAGCUUUGUUUAUGAACUCUCAUCAUGGUGAGUCAAGGGGAAGCUGCAUUACAGGGAAAUCAGUCCACAAUCAGCGCAUAGAGAGAUUCUGGCGUGACCUCUACACAGGGUGUUCUUUCCGUUUCAAGGACUUGUUUCACAAGCUAGAAGAAGAGGGAGUGUUGGAUUUGAACAGCGGUGUUCACUUGUGGAGUUUGCACUAUAUAUUUUUGCCACGAAUUAACAGAUCUCUGGACCAGUUUGUUCAGGGUUGGAACAACCACAGGCUGAGCAGUGAGCGUGGCAAAACUCCCAAUCAGUUGUUUGUGCAGGGGGUUAUCCAGAAUAGAGGAUCAAACCAAACUGGUGUCAGCGAAAUACUUCAUGAACCAGACAUGACAGAGUACUAUGGUGUGGAUUGGGAUGGUCCAGUUCCACAAGAAGAUGGAGAAGUUGAGGUGUCAGGAUUGCCUUGUCCAGUGAGUAAUGAACGCCUACUUCAGCUGAAGAGAACCAUUGAUCCUCUUGGACACUCAGAAGAUGGCUUCGGCGUUGAUUUGUACAGAAGAACUGUAGAUUUCUGCAACGAGAUAGUAGAAUAGAAAUAAUUAGGAGAGUUAUUAGUUUGUGAAUAUUAGUCUAUGCAUCACAGACUAUUAUUUGAAAUAUGUUUCACUUCCUUUAUCAGCUAAUGUGAACUGUAGUUGUAUUUCAUUGUCAGUUGUGCUUCACACUUUCCCUUAAACACCAUUUUCCCCUUUGGUUGGUAUAUAGAUCAUGACUGGCAUAAAACAUGUAUUGAUUUUCAGGUCAAUAGGUCGAAGGUCAAGGUCACAGUGACUCAAAACAGUAAAAUGGUUUCCGGAUGAUAACUCUAGAAUGCUAAGGCCUAGGAUCAUGAAACUUCAUAGGUGCAUUGAUGGUGACUGGCAGCUGAUUCCUAUUUAUUUUCAGGUCACUAGGUCAAAAGUCAAGGUCACAGUGACCUGAAGCAGUGAAAUGGCUUCUAACGCACUCACACAAUGACUACGUACAGCCCUGGGGGGCAUGCGUGUUUUACAAACAACCUUUGUUGAUACAUGUAAUGUAUUCAAUUAGUGAAUAUGUUUGGUUUAACACAUGAACAUAUUGGGUUAGUAUUAGGUUUGUCAAUCUGUUCGGUUAUGCAUGUACUAUACAUUUAUUAAAUGGAUAAAAAAAAAACACCUUAAGUACUAAAAACAAGAUUUGAAAUAUAAAAUAUGUUAUUAAGGGCAACAGAUAAGGGGUGAUAUUUGCAUAUAUGCUCAAAUAAAAAGUACAUUUUUUAGUGUAUGUAACUCUAUUCAAAUUCUUUACUUGUUUCUUCCCACUUCAAAUGAGAAUUUCUGUAUAAUAACAGGAUGUUGCAAAAAUAAAUUUGAUAUUACUGAAUUUAGCUUAAAUACUUGUCUCCUGCUUUAAAUGAAGAUACGUCGUUUCCUAUGGUAUUCAAUGUUGUUUUAUUCAAACAAAAUUUCCAGCUGGAUUUGAAUUUGUAUAUAAAUAUAUGUUGCAUAACAUGUUUCAUUGUGUCUUUCAGCGCAUCUAUCUGUUGAUAAAAAAUUAUGAGCUUAUGUCAUCACCUGAGCGUCUGCGUUUGUAAAGUUUUGUGUUUAGGUCCACUUUUCUCCUAAAGUUUCAAAGGUAUUGCAUUCAAACAUGGUACACUUACUUACUAUCAUGAGGGCACUAGGCAGCUAAAGCAUGAUAACUCUAGCUGGCAUUUUGACAGAAUAAUGACUUAUGUGCCCCUUUUAUACAUAGAAAAUUGAAUUUUGGUUUAGUUGUGUGUUUUGGUCCACUCUAUUCCUUAAGUAUCAAAGCUAUUGAUGUCAUACUUGCAAAACUUACUACCUAUCACAAGGGGACUGUGCAAGCAAAGUCAAGUAACUCUGAAACUCUGAAUAGCAUUUUGAUAGAAUUAUGACCCAUUUAUACUUAAAAUUGAUAAUUUGGUUAAGACUUCAAAGUCCUUCUUACUAUCAUGAGGGUACUGUACCUUGCAAGUUGAAUUUGACCUUUACAUUUGAAUAAACUUGGCCCAAACCAUCCCCUAUGCCCAACCACAGACCCCCCUCCCACCAAAAAAAAAAUAAAAUUGAAAGUUGUAUAGACCCCCC